AUUUGGACUCUCUAUCUAAUCUAUUUGGAAUCUCUAUCUAUAAUUUCACCCAGGAAUUUAACCUGUAACUUUGAUUCAACCGAAUAACUCUGAUGCCAUUUCAUUCCAUCGCUGUAGGACCGAUGGCUGGACCGAUGCAAAUGCAAUUGAUGCUAUUUCUGUCCUCGAUGCGCAUUGGUCGGUUUAGCGUCGUUCACAGGCCUUUUCAUUUAUACAAAAAGGCGCGGUGACUAAGUUAACUUGAGAACAUGUGCAACUUGACGAAAAUUGUGACUCAUGGAGAAAAUUUUAGCCCUUAUAGCGGUGUCUUUAGGCAAAAAAGCCACUGUGUAUGCCGUGGGAAGGUAUUAUGGAUUUCCACGACUGUAUAGAAGAUUUGCAGAAUUCAACAGAAGAGUAACCUCCAACAGACAAACACUUAGAAGGAGACAGGAAGCGAUGAAGUUUGUUUUUAGAAUUCCAAAUAAGAUUUUAGCAUUUUUCAGAAGAACAAAGAGCAUUAGAUGACAAAGGGGAAAGAAGAAAUCAUGAAAGACAUUGAGAGAAAUUCACUGUAAUAAGAAUUGUUGUACAUAUUGAGCAUCAGAAAGAUUUGAAGACAAUUGGUUCAUUGUUCAUUUGUAAAUAAACACAAUUGAGAUCUUACUAUAACCAGUCACUCCACUUGUAAAGUUGCACAGCCAAGAGACUAAAUCAUUCAACAUUUUAAAAUUUGACUUUUUAAGCUACCUCCUACAACAGGUACACAUCUCUACUUUAAAUGUAAACUUAUAAGGGGUUAACAUUGCGUCCUCAUGUAGCCAGAAUCUGGAGGUAGUGUCUGCUAAUGGAAAAUUUCCACUUCCGUCAGAUCUUUGUAAAGAGGGACAUUGUCAUAGUGAUUUUGGGGCAUUUUUGGUAAAAACAGUGCUUAAAUUAUGACAGAGUAACUUUGCUCAUGUACAAAAUGCUCUUAAAACACAAGGAUCAAGAUAUUCUGGGAAUGGUGUGGGCGAAUGAACUUUAUUAAUGUGUCUAAUAGUAUUUAGGAGAGGGAGAACCCUCUGCUGAUGCA